AAGAUGAUCAUUCUUCAAACUUUACCACCACCCACGUCGAAUGUUUGGUAUCUCGCAUAUGGUUCCAAUCUUGCUGCAUCUAAGUUCAUUCAUGAUCGCGGUAUAGUCCCUAUCUCAUCUACUGUCGUGGAAGUGUCAGGAUGGACGUUGGUCAUGGACAGCGCCGGAGUGCCAUAUUCGGAACCCUGUUUUGGUAGCAUUUCGCCUAUUCCCGCCUUUGGGGACGAGAAGUGUGUUACCUUGAUUGGCACAGCAUAUCUUCUAACGCCGGAAAUGUACAAGACUGUACUUGCAUCUGAGGGGGGAGGGAUUGCCUACUGCGAAGUUGAGAUUCGGGUCAAGAAAUUGGAAGGAAAAAGCCCAACAUUCGCAGCAAGAUCCCUCGCAACAGUUCUUAGGAGACUGGCAAAACCCAGUGAAAGAUAUAUGGGUCUCCUUCGUACAGGAGCCAACGAAGCUGACAUGCCGCACUCGUAUCAAAAAUUUCUCAAGAACAUCCUAACCUAUACGCCACCAACAGCUGCAAUGCCGCGCCUUGGAGCAGCUAUAUUUCUGGCAUUCUGGAUUCCCGUGAUGUCUGUCAUGGAGAAGAUAACAAAAUCGAGUUUAAAGAGAAGCGGUGAAGCUGAAGCACCCACUUGGGUUGUCCUCAUGGUCAGAGUAGUGGUGCAUUCCAUGUGGCUAUACCACGAUUAUGUUCAUUCGCCAAUAUGGGGGAGGGGCGAUGGAAUGGAACUUUGUUGA